AUGAUGUCGAACAUUCCUCUUCUGUACUGCCUUUUGUACUACAGGACUGGCCGGCAGCUGAAGCCGGUGGACAGAGCCGCCAACUUUCAGACCCAUCUUGAAGGCGACAGUCUCUUUCUACAGGACUCUGCUCGAAAUCAAACAUUCAGCAGUUCUACACUUGAUCCUCCAUGGAUGUAUCACAGCAGGAGACCAGAUUUGAACAGACUGUGUUAUAAUAUCAACCCACAGACUAUAGAAGGGACACACGGUCAUGUGUAUAACCCAGAUGUGUGCUACGCGAAAACAUUUAGCGACAUCGGCAAAAUAUUUCCUCACGGGUUUACUUCUGAGCACGAGCUUCACAAAAUCAUCCUUCGUCUCAACUGGGCAGGGACAACACAAACGGCAUGUCAGCAGCAGACAAACUGUGGCCAGGUAUGUUCUGAGGAAAUUGGCUACGAAGUGACAACAGAAGUGACCGAUUUCAACGGACAAAACCAUACAGUGAUCAAUCUACAAAACGCUUACCAGUUUAUUCCAUCAGGGAAGUGUCUAAACGAGAACACGUUCUGCAGUGGAGGUCAGGCCAGAUGUAAGCAAGUGUACAGAGCACACUGGACUCUCGUAUGGUCAAGUGUCGCUGGGGUCCAGCUGGUGGCUCACGAGGUACCGUCUCACUGUGAAUGUAUCAACUUCGGCACUUCUUCACAGACCAGCUCAUUUGCCAACGCUGGUCAUUCUGCAGGCGCAGAGGGCGCGGGUGUAUAG